CGACAUCUACAUAUCAUCGUAAAACUUUACAUUUUGGUAACUUCAAAGUAUUGUUAAAAAACACAGUAACUACCUAGUAGUACUGCCACUAUCAAUAAUUAAAUUAAUCUAACAUACGAAUGAGGAGGAGUCCAACCAAUCUCGCCACCUGAAUUCCCUACGCAUGACUUCAGAAUCCAUUCAUCCAGACCUCAAUCCCCACAACAUUCAAGCUAUCGUCAUGCCUCACAAAGAGCCCAAUACGCCCGAGGCACAAACACGAGACUCAGCAGAACGUGUAGCUCGUAUUCAGGUCAAGAACCGCAGGAAAUUAUAUCUCGAUCGCCAUCCAUCAUAUUUCACUGCCCCUGACCUAGAGCUUGCAGGUCAAUUAUUGCUAUAUUGAAGAAAAUCUACAUGGGAACUAAUUAUAAGCAGACCCGCUAUUAUAUGACCGAUGCAUUAGAAGAUUUCAAUCUGCCGCGGAAAGAGAAGCGGAUGGACGAGCAAAGGGUUAUUCUGGUAGGCGACCCUUAGAUGGCCUCGACUUCUUUUUAUCUACUGAUGGUACUAAAUAUCUUCACCAGGUGUACUGGAAGCAGAUCUGUAUCGAUCAGAAGCUAAACUUGCCGCGUUGAAAGGCAACCCUGGUUCGUCCUCUAGAGAUGAAGAUGGAAGUGCUGGAUGUAUUGAAGAAGAUCAUGGAGUUCCAUAUCUGAGCUAUGCAAGAGGUCAAAAUGGUGAAGUUUUACCUGAGGACCCGGACGAAGUACCGAGGAGCAAAGAGGAGGGCUUCGAAAGGUGGAAGUUCGAAAUGACACUCAAGUUUCUGAGAGGAGAGGAUGAAGAAUUCGAUUAUCAAAAUGUAGAUGCUGGCGGGGAAUGGGAUGAUAUUGGAGAUAGGGACGUUGAAGAGCGAUGGUUCGAGGAUGAAGAACCAGAAUGGUUAGGGGAGGAAGAUACUGGGGAAACAGUUGGGGGAGAAACUGGGAUACAAGAUUUUUGAGAGAAUGAGCAAUAUCAUUCACCGUAUGCAUUUUCUUGUACUACUGACUUUAUAUAGGUAGGUAAGCAUAUACAUGAUAUAUCUACAAGAAAUACCUGAUGAGGUCUUGGAAACGUGGAAAGUUGACUGGGAAAGAGAUG